AGGAAAAUACAUUGUUGAUUAGCAAAGUAGAUAAUGAUGAUGAAGAGGCUGGGCUAGAGCCACCUUAUCUAUGGGUCAGCUGCUGUGAGUUUUAUUGCAGCUGCGCAGACAGACAGUCGACACCGAGGACUCACGGAACUGCUUCGACCCCUUUGUCCAACUGCGACCCUGCUGCUGCAAAAUGUCUCUCAAGGAAGAGUUUGACAAAUUGGCCGAGGACGUGAAGAAGGUGAAGUCCAAGCCCGCGGACCAGGAGCUGCUGGACCUGUACGGGCUUUACAAGCAGGCAGUGGUCGGGGACGUCAACACCGAUCGACCCGGGAUGUUGGACUUUAAAGGAAAGGCCAAGUGGGACGCCUGGAACUCCAGGAAAGUUCGUCCAUUUGCGUCCGAGAAUGAGUUCAGAGCGACUGUGGACGUUGUGAGAAAAUUCCAAGAAGGCGUGGGCCGAGAGCUGCAUCAGAAACUACUGCAGAGAGCCAAGACGAAGAGGAACUGGUUAGAGGACUGGUGGUUAGACACAGCCUAUCUGGAAGUCCGCAUCCCCUCCCAGCUCAAUGUGAACUUUGCCGGUCCCGGUCCCUACCUGGAACACUGGUGGCCUCCAGCAGAGGGAGUCGACCUGCAGAGGGCCAGUAUAAGCACAUGGCACACGCUACAGUACUGGGACCUGAUCCACAGGGAGAAGUUGGCUCCACAGAAAGUAGGCAGAGUUCCAUUGGAUAUGGAUCAGUUCAGAAUGCUGUUCUGCACCUGUAAAGUACCAGGAGUGACGAAGGACACCAUCCACAACUACUUCAAAACAGAGAGUGAGGGUCCAUGUCCGACCCAUCUGGUCGUGAUGUGUCGUGGACGGAUUUUCACGUUUGAUGCAGUUUGCGACGGACAAAUUCUUACUCCACCUGAACUGCUCAGGCAGCUGCGCUACGUGAGAGAACGCUGUGAGCGAGAACCAGACGGAGAGGGCGUGGCUGCUCUGACCUCAGAGGAGAGGACUCGCUGGGCCAACGCCAGGCAGCACCUGAUCAACAUCGACCCGCACAACCAGAGCGUCCUGGAGACCAUUCAGAGCAGCCUGUUCAUCAUCACUCUGGAUGAGUCCAAACCCUACUCCACUCCAGAGAACUACACCAAUGUCACACUGGCAGCACUUACAGGUGACCCCACCAACCGCUGGGGGGAUAAAUCCUACAACACAAUCACAUUCUCCAAUGGAACAUUUGGCUCCGUCUGUGAUCACGCUCCAUACGACGCCAUGGUCCUGGUGUCCUUGACCUGGUAUCUUGACCAGCAGAUCAAAGCUGCAGAGGGAAAGUGGCAGGGCUCGGACACAGUCAGACCCAUGCGUCUUCCUGAGGAGUUAAAGUUCACCGUGGACGAUCGAGUCCGCAGGGACAUCAGCCUGGCCAAGAAACAGUACCUGGAGUCUACUCAGGACCUGCAGCUUCUCUGUUACGCCUUCACUGCCUUUGGAAAAGCUGCCAUCAGGAAGAAGAAGCUCCAUCCCGACACCUUCGUCCAACUGGCCAUGCAGCUGGCCUACUACAGACUGUACAAACAACCAGGAAGUUGCUAUGAGACGGCAAUGACUCGCAAGUUCUACCACGGCAGGACUGAGACCAUGAGACCCAGCACCCAGGAGGCCGUGGACUGGUGUAAAACCAUGUUGGACCCAAAGUGUGACGACAACACAAAGAGGACAGCCAUGCUGCUGGCCUUCGAUCGACACAACAAGCUGAUGGCUGAAGCCCAGGAAGGAAAUGGUUUUGACAGACAUCUCCUGGGUUUGUAUCUCACCGCCAAAGAAGACGGACGUCCGGUUCCAGAACUCUACACUGAUCCACUCUACACACGGAGCGGUGGUGGGGGUAACUUUGUGCUGUCCUCCAGUCUGGUGGGCUACACCACCAUACUGGGAGCUGUGGCUCCCAUGGUGCACAACGGCUACGGCUUCUUCUAUCGCAUUAGAGACGACAGGAUCGUGAUGUCUGUCACAGCCUGGAAGUCCUGUCCUCACACAGACGCCUGCACGCUGUACAACAGCUUCUCCAGCUCCCUGUACCAGAUGCUGCUUCUGGCCACAACGUCUCAGCUUUGAAAAAAAAAAAACACAGGAGCUCCAGGAGCAACUUCCUUUUUUUUUUUUUUAAACUCAUUUGUCUUUUAGCUCUUUGUUUCAGCAGGUAAUUCUGACCCAGCAGUAAUAAGCUCUAACUCUGUUUUUACUCAGCACAGAUCAAUGCAAAGUCACAGUCUCAGACAGGAUGUUCCAACCUUGGACUUCCUUGUUAGGUUUGUGGUAGUUUCCAAUCCUUUAGUUUUUUCAGACCUGUGUGUAUUAUGUCACUGUGAAAAUUAUUUGCAGCUCUUAAGUCUAUUUUGUUGGGUUUGAUUCUCAGUUUUAGACUCUGCUGUGAAGAUGAUGGACAUUCCAAUCAAACCUUAAUAAAUAAAAUGCACUGGUAAAAUA